AUGGAUCCCUUUUUUUGGUCAUCAGAAACUAACAGCUUUCGACGUUUCACCCCUGAGUCUUUGGCAGCAAUCGAGGAAAGAAUUGCUAAGAAAAAAAAGCAGCAAACCAAAGUUAACCGGGAGAAUAAGGACCAAGGAGUUGAAGAAGAUAAACUUACUCCUCAGCUUGAUCUGAAAACCUGCAAAAAACUGCCAUCUCUGUACGGGGAUAUUCCUGUGGAGCUCAUUGGGGAACCCCUGGAAGAUUUUGAUCCAUACUACAGUGAUCACAAGACUUUUAUGGUGAUAAAUAAAACGAGGACUAUUUUCCGUUUUACUGCCACGCCUGCCUUGUGUAUAGUUGGUCCUUUUAAUCCAGUCAGAAAAGCAGCAAUUAAAAUUCUGAUCCAUUCAUAUCCUUUUAUUGGCUUCCCUUAUUUCAGUUUUAAAAUAUACUGUACCAUUUUCUGUCGUUCUGUUCAUAUUAAUUUUGAAGAAUGUAAAAAUGUGAAGGAUCGCAGAUAUCUUUUUACUGGCAUAUAUACUGGUGAAAUAUUGAUAAAAAUAUUAGCAAGAGGAUUUGUUUGGAAUGAAUUUACCUUUCUUCGAGAUCCAUGGAACUGCUUGGAUCUUGUCGUUACUGUCAUAAUGUAUGUUACUAUGUUUAAAAGUACAUACAAGGUUUCAGCUCUUCGAACUUUCAGAGUACUGAGGACUUUGAAAGCUAUUUCAGUAAUACCAGGUCUGAAAGUCAUCGUAAAUUCACUUAUUGAAUCUGUUAAGAAACUUACUGAUGUGUUGAUCUUGACUGUUUUUUGCUUGAGUAUAUUUGCUCUAAUAGGCCUCCAGCUUUUUAUGGGCAAUUUAACAUCCAAAUGUGUCCUCAGUAAUACUACAUACAAUGACAUAUUAUGUAAGGAUGCCAAGAUAUAUGUACCAAAUGAUGAAG